UCCCUAAUUCUCCAUUUCCCCCCUAAAAUUUCUAAAUCCCUAAAAUAAUUCAUAACAAUCCAACGCCGUCCCUUCACCGCUUCACGCACAUCGCAAAAUUGCACCUGUGCUCGACGCUCACUGUCUUUCCUCGACGUCGUCUGGGCAGAACCGGCGACCCACAGUCACGUCUGGGCAGUGAUUGUUCUGUGUUGUGGUUUCCUGCUGAGGAUAAGUCUGAAUCUUUAAGUUGAUAUUCUAGAGAUUUGUAGGGAUUUCAAGUGAAUUGUAUAAAAGUGUAAAACUCCAAACAUGUAGGCAGUGCCAAGUUAUUGUUCGCUAAGGGCGUUCGGGUGCUGAUAGAAGCUUCGGUUCCCUGCAAAAAUGGUUAAAAAAUGGUUCGAAACAUUCAGCCCAGCUUCACUUAGGAAAUCAGCUCACAUGUGGUUACAAAUCAUGUACAAAACGGGUGGAGGGCGACCCAAGAAGAAGAUUUACCAUAGAGUUCAUGAGCUGGACCGAGUUAUGGACCUUCAGAAGAAGCCGUCAUUGAUUCUACAGCUAAAAUCCAUAAUUGAGUCUCAAAGAAACCGGAGCCUCCUUCUGAGAGACCUCGAGAAGGAAGUUGGGUUUGUUCAGAAAUGGAAUUUCAUGAAUGUGAUUGAGAAGUACCCUACAAUUUUCUAUGUCACUUGUGGUGGUGGAACACCCCCGGCGGUUAUGCUGAGUAGAAAAGCUAAAGAAAUUGCAGUGGAAGAAGGUGAAGUGAGAGCGGAAAUGGAGCCCGUUCUGAUUAAGAAUCUACGCAAGUUGUUAAUGUUGUCAGUUGAUUGUCGGGUGCCAUUGGGAAAUAUUGAUUUGAUUGGAAAUGAAUUGGGGUUGCCGGGAGACUACAAAAACUCUUUGAUCGCAAAAUACCCAGAAUUUUUCUCGGUGAAAGGGGUUAACGGUAGGGAUUAUCUUAACUUGGAGAAUUGGGAUUCUUCAUUAGCAGUCACUGCCAGGGAGGAAAGAUGGGUGUGUGAAAGGGAAUCGAAGUUGGAAGAGGGUAUAAAGCCAACAAGAACAUCCAAAGACGGGAACUUUUCUGGUCCUUUUGCAUUUCACGUGAGUUUCCCCGCUGGAUUCAGGCCAAACAAGAGUUACCUCGAGGAAGUUGUGAGAUGGCAGAAAAUGGAGUUCCCAUCUCCAUACUUGAACGCUAGGAGAUUUGACAUCGCUGAUCCAAAAGCUCGAAAAAGAGUGGUGGGCGUGCUUCAUGAACUCCUGAGUUUGACUAUGGAGAAGCGGCUCACAUCCACUCAACUCGAGGCGUUCCAUUCCGAAUAUCGGUUGCCUGCUAAACUCCUGCUUUGCUUGAUCAAACAACACGGUAUAUUUUACAUUACAAAUAAAGGUGUAAAGAGUAGUGUAUUCCUAAAAGAGGGUUACAAUGGAUCCAAUUUGAUUCACAAAUGCCCUCUUUUGGUGUUUAGGGAUAGAUUCAUUGCACUGAUGGGUAGAAAGGACAUCAAUUCAUUUACUAGUGUUCAUCAUAAUAUGCUGCAUGAAAUAAGUUAGUUGAUAAUACAAUGGUUCCUUCUUUGCUUUUAA